AUGGCUCCAGCAGAUUUGCUACACCCGAUUGUGAAGCCAUGGCCGUUCAGAGGAUGGGGCAUGGACAUGAUUGGCCAAAUCAACCCUCCAACAAGUAAAGGACACAAGUGGAUCUUGGCGGCCACAGAUUACUUCACUAAGUGGGUUGAAGCUGUGCCAAUGAAAAAUGUCUCGGCCAGGGAUGUGGUGAACUUCGUCAGAGAACACAUCGUAUAUCGGUUUGGCAUUCCUCAGACCAUCACUACAGAUCAAGGAACAGCUAACAGUCAGGCUGAAGCUUCCAACAAAAGCCUGAUCAAGUUGAUUAAGCGCAAGAUCGACGAAUACCCUAAACAGUGGCAUGAACGUUUAGCAGAAGCACUGUGGGUGUAUCAGAUGUCAUGUCACGGGUCUGUCAAGUGCGCACCAUAUCAGUUGGUCUACGGGCAAGAGGCCGUGAUGCCCUGGGAGAUUAACAUCGGCUCUCGGCGCAUCGCGCUGCAGGAUGAAAUAUCAGCCGAUGAGUAUUCCUCCCUCAUGAAUAUCAACACGGAAGAUCUUAUGGAACUUCGGUUCUAG